CGUAGGUGGGCGCCAGAUGGGGAUGUUGUGAGGGUCCGCCACCGAAACCCCCCGUCGUGCUCUGACAUCGAGCCAGGAACUGACACACGCUGUAUUGGAAGCAAAGAAUAUUCUCUUGGAUGUGUCACAUCCUCCGAUGAGGGAAACUCGUCGGUUGUCAUGGAAACACAGAGAAGGAACGGACAGUGAUUCACCGCACCCACUGGAGGCAGAGGAGGCUGCCUCGAGCAUCCUUGUUUUGUCUCGCAGUCCACAACAAGAAACACGUUCUGACAUUGCCCGUUGAAGCAGACAUGGCCCUACGAUGUGCUCUUCCGACUCCUGCUUCUCGGAGACUCCGGGGUUGGAAAAACAUGUUUGCUGUGCAGAUUCACCGACAAUGAAUUUCACCCGUCUCACAUUUCAACCAUAGGCAUUGACUUCAAAAUGAAGACACUGCUAAUAGAUGGUAUCAAAGUGCGAAUCCAGAUUUGGGACACUGCAGGCCAGGAACGCUACCAGACCAUCACCAAGCAGUACUACAGGCGAGCUCAGGGAAUUUUCCUGGUCUACGACAUCACGAGCGAGCGCUCCUUUCAGCACAUCAUGAAGUGGGCCAGUGAUGUGGACGAGUACGCUCCAGAAAAGGUCCAGAAGAUCCUGGUCGGAAACAAGUCGGAUGAGGUGACCAAGAGGCAGGUGCCCACAGAGCAAGGGGUCAAGCUGGCCCGAGCUUAUGGAAUGGAUUUCUUCGAGACAAGUGCCUUCACCAAUCAUAACAUAACAGAGACUUUUACACGGCUAUCCGAGCAAGUGCUGGCGGCCAACAAGAAAGACCUGGACCUUCUGCGGAUGUCUCAGAACGACGAACUGAACCUGGCUGCUCUGGAGGAAGAGGAGGGAUUGUGUGACGGGGGGUCCGCCGACCAGGGGAAAGGCUGCUGGUGUUAAUUGUGACGAGAAUGACAGAACCCUGUCGGAAAUUGUAUCGUGGGAAAGCCCUUUGAGCAUUUAUUGGACCUCCUCCAAUUUCAGGUCAGUGUCUCAGUGCGCUCUUUGUCCUCUUUACUACAUCAGCUAGGGAGCAUUAGUUUAUUGAGCGAAAUCUUCCUUUUAAAUUGGGAAUAGCAGAUUUUUCCAAAAUGCAGAAUUUAUGAAUUGAAUGUAUACUAUAAGGUAGAGGCCCACAAUGAUGUUUUUCAAAAGCUUUGGAAAAAAAUUCUCACCUGUUCUGGAGACAAGUUUUUGCACGGAAAUUUGAUUUGAUUGCAACUUCAGUGAAGUUAAAAAAAAUCAGCUGGCUGUAAAUUCAAUUCUGAUUCAACCAGAGAUGCCUCUCGGAGACAGAAUGAACAUCCACUUUGUGCGCAUCCUCUUUCGUAUUCUUAAACGCUACUUGUGGAUUUGAAAUGACUGUUUGUGUGUGUGUGUGUGGUUCUGGAUCGUAAACUCCGGAAUCAUAAUGCAGAUGUGUUGUUUAAAAAAAAAAAAAAUCUUCCUUCUUCAAAUCUACUUUCCUGUAUUUGUGAAAAUAUACGACAUUGUACAAGCUGAAUGCAGCAUAUUAUUAAGUUGUCACAUGUUUAUGAGUAAAUACUCACAGAUUUAAAAUUG